AUGGGAUGGGCAAUCGCCGGAGGGGUGAACAGAGAACGGGAGGGUCGGGGGAUUUCCUGCAACCUGACUAACCUGUCGAAGUUAAUCAAUAAGUUUUGGGAAAUCGAAGAGAUCGACGCCAAGGCAUCUUUUUCAUCCGAGGACUCGUUGUGCGAGGAACAUUACGUCGAAAACACGACGCGUGACGACGCGGGACGGUACAUCGUGCGUUUACCGUUUCGACACGCAGACAAGGACUUCGGUGAUUCACGGUCUCAAGCGCUGCGACGAUUUUAUUCUCUCCAGAGGAGACUGAACUCGGAUCCGAUCCUCAAGGAAGAAUACGCCGUCGUCAUGAAGGAAUACACGGAUCUCGGACACAUGUCUUUAUGUCAUGACGACUCGACCAACGGAUACCACAUGCCACAGCACGCGGUAGUGAAGGCCUCCAGCAGCACGACCAAGGUCCGCGUGGUGUUCGACGCCAUGGCGAAAUCCAGCAAGGGUUUUUCGUUGAACGACGCGUUGAUGGUCGGUCCGGUCAUACAAAAUAAGAUUUUCGGGCAUCUACUACAUUUCUGA